AAAAUUGCAAUUCGGCCAGCGGAUUUUCACUUUCCCUCCAUUUCCUUUUAUCAAUCAAUCAAAGCAUCAUUAUUUACAUCCGUGGCGACCGAUCGAGACCAUUUUACCAAUUAGAAUAGCGGACCCCCAUCAAGGUUCCUGAUAGCGAAAAAAAGAAAACGAUAACAAAGACACCUUUUUGCAACCUCUUUCAAACGCCAUGUCGAUGUAUCCCUGGCAUGGGACGACAAACCACUCCGCAGCAGCACAGUCAGGACGAGUCAACGCACCCCCAACCCCCUCAUACCAAAUGCCUCAGCUACGAUGGCUGCCGUCGAUGAUGUCGCGAUCGCAGCAAAACACCCACCCAAACCCCAACACGACCCUGCCCACCAUCUCGUCGAAUCUGCGCAUGGGCCGGAAUUCAGACCACCAGCCUGUCUCGGUGGUGGUCGAGACCCGUCCCACCGAGGACUCGGCCGAUGCGUCGGAUAGCGAGCAUUCGGAGAAUAGCGUUUCAGGCACAAAUCGGGAUGUCAUGGGGAUGGAUGCCCCCGGAGAUCCGGACUAUGUGCAGUCACCCCCGGAGAUAAUGGGUCAGGGGGCAACGCGACGAGGGAGCGGAAUGAAUGCCGUGGGCACGAGGAGUAGUACUGUUGGAGGAGGGGGUGGUGGUGCACCGAUGGUGCUGAUCGGGGAUGACGAUGAUGAUAACGGGGCCGAUGACACAUUGACAGGUGGGAUGGUGGGAGGAGGGGGAGAUGUAGGCGGAGAUACGUCACGGAAGCAUGGCAAGCGAUUAACCACCAAGGAGGAAGUGUCGCUGUUUGACCUGUGCAAUCGACAUGCGCACGAGUUUGGUCAGCGGAGUAAUCUCUGCAAGUGGUGGAUGACAGUGACGGCCGAGUUCACGCGCGAACAAGGCCAUCCGUACUCGUGGCACUCGGUGCGACGCAAGGUGGAGCUGGUCACGAAGCAGCGCAUGAAGUUCCUCGAGGAGCAGCGCGAUAAAGGCGGCAAUGGGACGGAGGAUCUGUCGAAUCCUCGCUGGCGAGCGGCCGUGGAUGCGUGGAUUCCCACCUGGCAGCGCUGGGAGGAGGCCGAGGCCAAACGCAUCGAGAAACGCGAUUCUCGCAAGUCGCGCAAGAGAAAGGACCGCACGUGGGAUUCAUGGGACGGCAAUUCGGACAAUUGGAGAUUGCCCUCGAGUCCUGUCGUGGAUGCCGGCAAUACCAGUACUGCCAGUUAUCAGUCUCAAACGCCAUCUCAACCUCAACCUGCAGCAUCAACAAGCAGUAUGCAACCUCCUGCACCUCCACCCAAUGCCAUCACGUCCACUCCAUCUCAAAACACCGUCCGAUUACCCCCAGGCUUCGACUCCAUGUUCUCAACUCCCUCCCCUCACACAUCCUCAAGACCAGCACCAUCCGGAUACCAAAACUACACCCAACAACAGCAACCUACCACAUCAUCCACAACCCCCAACCCAGCAGAAACCAACAAUAUGAUGGCCGCCAUGCUAGAAACCCUCGGCAAGAUAAACAAACACCUCGACGCCGCCCAAUCCAACCCCCGUUCCUCCCCCAUCAUCUCCGCCGUCGCCUCUACACCCACACAAGCAACGCCCGAACACACCCGAGCAAUAACGGGAACCGACUCCGAAGACGUAUCCCAGGUCACGGCAGCGUCGAUCUCCAAGCUCAAGGAGGAACUGCGUCAAGAGAUGCAGGCCGAGCUGCGGCAGGAGUUGGAGAAGGAUCGGGCUUCGUUGGAGGAAAAGCUAGACUCGGUGCAGAGGACGCAGGAGAUGAUUCUAGAGAUGCUACGGCAGGAGCCUGCUUGAUCUGAUCUGAUAUGAUUUGAUCUUUAUCUUCUUUAUACAUAAUUAGGUAGUUUUAUUUUUGAUCAAGAUACCCACCCGAUUGUAAUUAUAUCUACUUCUACGAUGCUUCAUCUCAUCUGGGACACAUGUCCAUCCGUCUCCAAAUCGUAGUAUAUUCCUAGUGCUACAGGAGAAUACAACAAGGGUGGGUUUU